UCAUCCAAGAAAUUCCCCUCCUUCCUCAUAGCUUUCAUCAAAAUGGAAGAAAUUCAAAUAAUUUCUACCUGUUUAGUUGGAGCAACUUCAAAUGAAUCAUUUUCACACAAAAACAUUGAAAUGACACCAUGGGAUUUAAAGUUCCUCCUUCUUGGCACUAGCCAAAGAGGUCUCCUUUUCCACAAACCAAAACAAGAAAAUAAUAAUAUUUUCAAAUCAUCACUCAUUGACCACUUAAAAGAAUCCCUUUCUCGCACUUUACACUUCUUUCCUCCAUUAGCUGGCCGGCUUUCGACCAUCAAAAAUACAAAUGAUAACACGAUUUCUUUCUUCAUCAAUUGUAAUAAUGCUGGCGUGGAAUUCACCCAUGCCAACGCUCCAAAAUUAACUGUAGCUGCGAUUCUUGAUUCUACACGAGCGCCACUUAUUGUUCACCCUCUUUUUCCACUUAACAAUAUUCGAAAUUUUGAAUGUGUUACUAAGCCUCUAUUUGGGGUUCAAAUAACAGAGUUGACUAAUGGUUUUUUUAUUGGAUUCACUAUGAGUCAUUGCUUAUGUGAUGGAACUAGUUUUUGGCAUUUUAUUAAUUCUUGGUCUGAAAUCUCUCGUGGGUAUGAAGUUAUUUCCAAAAUUCCAAUUUUAGAACGUUAUUUUCCUGAAAAAAUGAAUCUUCCAAUUCAUCUUCCCCUGAAGAUGUAUGAUGAGAAAUUGUUUGAAAAAUUUGAAGUUCCACCUUUGAUUGAGAGAAUAUUUCAUCUUAGUAAAAAAAGUAUAGGUAGGCUCAAGGAUAAGGCCAAUUCAGAAAUGGGAGUUAUAUCAAUUUCUUCUCUGCAGGCUUAUUUGGCUCAUCUAUGGCGAUCUAUUACUCGUUGUCGGAAGCUUGAUGAUGAGAAAGAAGUUGUCAUCAGCGUCUUGAUAGGUGCAAGAUCAAGGUUAAAUCCUCCUCUUCCAGAAGAAUAUUUUGGAAAUGCAAAUCAUAUGAAGCAUGUCAAAACAAGUGCAGGGGAGUUACUGAAAAAUGGUUUAGGAUGGGCAGCAAUGCAAAUAAACAAGAUGGUUGUUUCUCAAGACUCUGAAGAAGUGAUGAAAUGUUACAAAGAUUGGGCUGGAAAUCCAAUUAUAUUCACUAAGGGCUCAGUAUUUGUGGGGGAUAACACUAGAUUGAGAAUAUAUAAUUCUCCAAGGUUCAAUAUUUAUGGUAAUGAUUUUGGUUGGGGAAAACCAAUUGGCGUGAGGAGUGGAAUGGCAAAUAAAAGUGAUGGGUUAAUUACUUUAUUCUCUGGAGUAGAAGAAGGAAGUGUAGAUAUUGAAGUUUGUCUUUUGCCAGAGACUUUGCAAGCACUGGAGAAUGAUAAAGAAUUCAUGGAGGCUGUAACUAAGAAUUAAAACUUCCUUAGUUACUACUAGGAUCAUUUGAUGAUAUCUAUGCUUUUUGAAUAGACAUUUUAUAGUAUUACCUUGUGGCUGUCUUGUUUCUUUUAUUAUCUAGAGGUGUGAUGUCUUUGUUAUUGUUUCCUUUUAUGUAUUUUGUUUGUUAUAUUAUAAUCUGUUCAAAGUCAGAGGUCUACCGGAAACAGCCUCUUUACUUCAUCUGA